GAUCCCCUGCUUGCAUCAGUUUCACUAUUCCCUGUGCUCAGACUGUUUCAUUUUAACCCGUUUUUGCUCAAGGUGCCUCAAGAUAUUAAAUAUCCGUCCUGCUCAGGAGAGGGAGGUGUCAGAAUGAAGAAGGGUGGGACGGAAAAGUUUGACCGUGGUAGAACGGAGCUGAGAAGUUCUGGUUCUCGAGGUCGAUUUCGGAGCGAGGAUCCUGGAGCAAACCAUAGCUUUGUUGAAUCAACCCUCUCCGAGAUUCGGAGUAGGCACGGGAGCACGGAGAAAAUUUCAUCCCAUGAAAUAGAUGAGUUGCUUGGGCACAUUAGAAGAUCCAGAUCAUCUAGUGUUGAUUAUGGGUUAGGUUCAGGAAAAGGCGUGGUGCUUCGACCUCCACCCCCGCAGUUCACGCCCCCACCUUUGCCUAAGGAUACAUUCCUUCCGGAUUCAACUCCAUUUGGCCCGUCCUUGCGUAGGACAAGAUGGGAGAAUAAAGAAACUAUGGAAAAAGAGGAUCUUAAGCAACCACUAAAUCAAGCUUCACACCAAACCGUGUCCCAGUUUUUUGAAGCAAGAUACGAUGGUUCAAUAUCUGAUGGUUCUCCAUCAACACCGGACAAUACGGAUAAAUCAAGUCUGAUUCAGCUAGAUUUGAAGGAACAAAAACGGACAACAGAUCAGAAUAUACCUUCUCUUACCCGAGCUAUCAGAACGAAGAAAGGAGUGGAGAGAAGAUAUAAAGAUAUGAGAGAACCAAGAUUGAAACCUACGGAGGACUGCGGCCAUGAAUUAAAUGAUAAUGAAGAAUUAUCAAUGAUUGGCAGAUCGGAUACUAGGAAUAUGAGUUCGGCAAGCAUGACUAAAUAUGAAUCAAAUUUAGGCCUUGGCGAGGAUUCUUGCAAACGGGAACCUAGCCAAACAUGUUUCACAUUUCCAGCAAAAUCUGAUCACGACAAAGAAUGUGAAAGAACAUCUCCACUUAAUGCACACAGUGGACGCAAAGUGCCAGAGUCAAAAUUUCAUGGUUUUUUGAAAGAUGCUUCAACAGAAUCUGGAGAUUCUGAUAAACUGGUCGGAGCAACAGAUCUGGUCAAAGAUCUGAGGAGAAGGCUAGAAACCAUGACUAUGGAACUGGAGAAGGUUCAGGCUGCUACGGAUAGACUCUCCUUCCAGCUCAAUUCAGACCAGGACUCUCCUCAGCUCAAUUCAGACCAGGACUCUUCUCAGCUCAUUACAGAUCAGGACUCAUCCCGGCUCACCUCAAACCCGAGCUUUUCUCCGAUCAAUUCAGAUAUGGAAGCGUCUCAGUUCAAUUCAAAACUGGACUUCUCAAAGUUCCAAUCAUACCAAUCACCUCAGAUUAGAUCAUCGCAGCUCCCAUCUCAGUUCUGCUCAGACCAAAGCUUCCUUAAAUCCAACCUUGACGAGAAGUCUGAAACUAAGAAUGCAUACUGUGACCAAAUUAACGUCGAGAAACCCAAGGAUGAUAAGAAGAAACCUGGCAGGCUGGCAGACGAGAGAAAAGAGGAAGGUAACCAACUCUAUAAACUCAAGAACUACAGAGAUGCCUUGCAGAAAUACUCAGAAGCCAUUGAUCUGUGCCCUCAGUGCGCCGCGUUCUAUACCAACAGGUCAGCCUGCUAUCUCAUGCUGGGUCAACCUAAGCAGGCCCUGGAGGAUGCUAAAACCGCCACUAGCAUAGAACCUGAUUUCAACAAAGGGUGGAGCAGGGUUGCUAAAUGUAGCUUAAUGUUGGGAGACUCUGUGACGGCUCGACAAGCUCUGCAGCGCGCUGGUCAGGACGGAGACCCAGAGAUGAGGAAUAUAGAGAUACUGGAGAAACUCAAGACGGAUACAAACAACGCUUACAACACGAAAGACUUCAGAAAGGCUUUGUACUAUAUCGACAAAUCACUGGAGAUCGCUACACACUGCUACUCCCUUAAAACGUCCAGAGCUGAAUGUUUGGCAUUCCUUGGCAGGUAUGCAGAAGCCCAGGAGGCAGCCAACUAUGUUCUCCAGUUUGAUAAUAUUAACGUCGACGCUAUCUAUGUACGCGGUCUCUGUCUUUACUACGAGGAUAACGUGGAUCGUGCGUUCUCUCACUUCACCCAGGUUCUUAGGCUGGCUCCUGAUCAUCUCAAAGCUAAGGAAAUUUACAAGAAAGCUAAAGCUCUGAAGCAGAAGAAGGAAGAAGGAAACACAGCGUUUAAAGCUGGUCAACUUGAUGAAGCGUACAGUUUAUACAGUGAUGCUCUGUCCAUUGAUCCGUUGAACAAGACAACUAACUCUAAAAUCUACUUUAACCGGGCUACAGUGUCCGCCAAGCUGAAGAAACUGGAAGAUAGUAUAGAAGACUGUAGUAGAGCCAUAGAUCUAGAUCCAUCAUAUACCAAGGCAUAUCUCAGGAGAGCAAAGAGUUACAUGGACACAGAGCAGUAUGAAGAUGCAGUCCGAGAUUAUGAAUCUGUUUUCAAAACUGAUAGAUCCAACAGGGAGUACAGACAAUUGUUGCAAGAUGCUAAACUUGAACUCCGUAAAUCUAAGCGUAAGGACUACUACAAGAUCCUGGGGGUUGGUAAAGCUGCUAAUGAUGAGGAGGUAAAGAAAGCCUACAGGAAGAGAGCCAUGGUUCAUCAUCCUGAUCGACACUCUGGAGCCACAGAGCAGGAGAAGAAGGAUCAUGAACAUAAAUUCAAGGAGGUUGGGGAGGCCUAUGCUGUUUUGUCGGAUGAGAAGAAAAGAAGAAUGUAUGAUAGUGGACAAGAUCUAGAUGAUGCUGGUGGUCAUGGAUAUCAGGAUAUAGAUCCUAACAGUAUAUUCCAGGCGUUCUUUAACGGAGGUAUGGGAGGUCAUGGAGGCAUGGGAGCUCAGCACUUCAACUUUGGAGGCCCUGGAGGAGGCGGCGGAGGACAUCAGAAUUUCUCCUUUCAGUUCGGCUAAGAUUGUGAAACCUCUGGAGGGCCAAGGGUAUUCUGAAACCUCCAAGUUUAGGCCGAGGUUACUAAUAUCACUCAUUAACUGUGGUGUUGGCAUCCUAAACCUUUAACUGAGUCUUUAAGGACAACUUCUCCGUUGUGUUCAACCAUAUUUGUAAUUUAUAUAAAUAAUAAAUAUAAGACCAGCAUGGUUUCAUAAACCAUGUUACUCUUCACCAUGCAACCAUAGUUGUGAUUAAAAUAUAUAAAUUAGUUUUGA